AUGUUUGUGAAAUUAUUAAGUGUAGUAUUAUUGCUUAGUGUGUGUAAGGCACAGGAUAAGGACAGUGUUGGUGUUCGUAUAGCAUUCAAAAUUUAUGACGAAUGUUUACGAAAUGAUGGUGGUUUUACACCAUGUUUAAAGAAAAAAGCUGUGACAUUUUUUGAUCGUGUUUUAAAAUUGGAUACGAUACCCCUGGCUGAUGGUGUAAAUGUUAUCAAAAGUGCGGAUGUUCAAUUACCUUUAAUCACAUCGGAAAAUGACUUGGAGCGGUCUUUACCACGGAAUUUGGAAGCACGAGAUCAACAAUUAAAUGAAAUGUUAAUUGAUCGUAUUGCUGCAUUCUUCAGUUCACGUACAGUUAAAUUAUCCUUCCCUUCAUUUACGUCACAGGAAUUAUCACGAUCUGUUGAAGAAGGACGUGGUAAAAUGAAGAAAAUGAUGGGUAUGAUGAUGGCUGGUUUUGCCAUGAAAAUGGCUGCUAUGGUACCAAUUGCCAUUGCUGGAUUAUUCUUGUUAGCGGGUAAAGCUUUAAUUACGGCUAAAAUUGCUUUACUUUUAGCGGGUAUAAUUGGUUUAAAGAAGUUAUUAAGCCAAAAAGGAGGAGGUGGACAUGAAAGUCAUAGCAGUGGAUGGUCUUCUGGAGGAGGUGGAUCUGGAGGUUGGGAUCGACGAUCAUUCGAAGAUGAAGAAAGUGCACAAAAUUUAGCAUACCGAGGUUACAAUACAGUUCAACAUUAA